AUGCGCCACGGCCCGACGUCCCUUUACUUUGUCGUUUUCGGGGGGCGACGAACAAACGUCGAAGACAUCUUAGGAAAGUUCGAAGUGCGGUCGGCCUCUGCGACUCGAUUAAAUGAUGCCAGCACCUUCCAGAAGAGACGACGAGACGUCCGAGGAUCAGGAUAUGGGCAUCGAAGAGGGAGAUGACGAUUCAAUAGGAGGAAGUGAUGGAGAAGGUGAUGAUGUUGAUGAUGAUGGAGAAGAUGAAGGAACAAUUCCUGAUGAUCAAGAAGAUAUGGAAGAAGAUAUGGAAGUAAAAGACGAAGGAGAACCAGAAAUGGAAGAAGAAGAACAAAGUAUUGAACAGCCUGAAGAACAAGAUGUUCCACAUGUUGAUGAUGAAAUUGAUGAAGAGGAAGAAGUAGAAGAAUUAGAAGAACCUGAAACCCCUCCAAAACCAAAGAAAGAAAAAGGGAAAAAGCGCAAAACAAAAGGCGAUGGUGAACGAAAGAAAGGAAAGAAGAAGAAGAAAAAGAAAGUCAUGUCUGACAGUGCUGAGAAUAUUGCUGAUGAUCUUAAAUGA